AUGAAACACUGCAGAAUGACGCUCCGUUACGGACUUGCUUUUGUGUUUCUCACCCUCCAUUCCGUCCAAUGUGAUGUGACCUAUUCCGUUCCAGAGGAGAUGAAACGCGGAUCUGUAAUCGGGAAUAUUGCUAAGGAUCUUGGACUGGAAUCCGGUAGGCUCGCUGCUCGCAAGGCCCGCAUUGACACGGAGAAUAAUAAUUUAAAAUGUUGCGGAAUUAAUCUCAACACCGGAGACUUGAUUGUACAAGAAAGGAUCGACAGAGAAGGGCUGUGUGCAAAAAAGCCAUCGUGUGUUCUCAAACAAGACAUUGUUCUGGAAAACCCGCUUGAGCUGCACCAUGUUAAUAUUCGUGUUCAAGAUAUAAAUGAUAAUACACCGCAGUUUAAGGAAGAUGUGCUGAAAUUGGAAAUCAGUGAAUCUGCAGCCAAGGGUGCACAUUUCCUUUUGGAUGAGGCCCAUGACGCAGAUAUUGGCGAAAAUGCUGUUCAGGGAUACUCCCUACAAAAGAAUGAUCAUUUUUCAUUAAAUGUGAAGGCAAAGGGUAUUGGACGGAAGUAUGGUGAAUUAGUCCUAAAUAAAGAAUUAGACAGAGAGAACCAAAACGAAAUUGUACUUCUGCUGACUGCAUAUGAUGGUGGAUCCCCUCAGAGAUCCGGUACAGUAAGAAUACACAUCACUGUGCUGGACGCGAAUGACAAUGCACCUGUGUUUGGCCAGACAGUUUAUAAAGCCAGUCUGCCGGAAAACUCGCCUAUCGGUACAUCAGUGAUUACACUGACUGCUAUUGACCCUGAUGAUGGAAUAAACGGUGAAGUGUUUUUUGGAUUUGAUCACGUUGAUGAAGAUCAUUUUUUUUCUCUCAAUGCAAAAACAGGAGAGGUCACAGUAACGGGGAUGCUAGAUUUUGAAAAAGAAUCAACAUACGAAAUGCAGAUAAGUGGCAAAGAUGGGCUGGGCUUGGCAUCAUAUGCAACACUAAUUGUUGACAUUAUCGACAUUAAUGACAAUGCCCCUGUGAUAAAUAUAAAAUCACUAUCUAAUCCAGCAGAGAAUGUUUCACCUGGUACUGAGGUGGGCAUCAUUCAUGUACAGGACCAAGACUCUGAGAAGAAUGGACAGGUCCGCUGCUCCGUUCAACAAAACGCCCCCUUUAAAUUAGUCCCCUCAAUUCCAAACUAUUAUUCUUUGGUGACUACUGGACAAUUGGACCGUGAACUUGUGUCUGAUUACAACAUUACGAUCAGCGCUACUGAUGAUGGCUCUCCUCCUCUUUUCUCCACAAAAAGUAUUUACUUGUCAGUAGGAGACAUCAAUGAUAAUUCACCUGUGUUUAAGGAAGAGUCCUACAGCGCACAACUGAGUGAAAAUAACCAAGCCGACUCCACUUUAUGUUCUGUAAGCGCACAAGAUCCUGACUGGAGACAGAAUGGUAGCGUAAUUUAUUCUCUUCUACCUACUGAGGUGAACGGUGCCCCAGUGUCAUCUUACGUGUCUGUUAACGGAGACACCGGGGUGAUCCAUGCCGUCAGGUCUUUUGAUUACGAACACUUGAGGAGUUUUCAAGUUCACAUCAUGGCCAGAGACAACGGUUCUCCUCCACUGAGCAGCAACGUAAGCGUCAGUGUGUUUAUUUUGGACGUGAAUGACAACUCCCCUCAAAUACUGUACCCAAACACGGAAGGCAAUUCCUUCAUGACCGAGCUGGUCCCGAAAGCUGCGCAUGGAGGCUCUAUUGUGUCCAAAGUGAUAGCGGUGGAUGCCGACUCAGGACAGAAUGCCUGGCUGUCCUAUCACAUCAUCAAGUCCACAGAUCCGGGACUUUUCGCAAUUGGUCUCCACAGUGGAGAGAUCAGGACACAGCGUGAUGUUGUGGAAUCUGACAGCAUGAAACAGAACCUGAUUGUGGCAGUGAAAGAUAAUGGACAGCCCCCUCGCUCUGCUACCUGCUCAAUAUAUUUACUUCUUUCCGAUAACUUGGCUGAAGUGCCAGAACUGAAAGACAUUUCUUAUGAGGAGAAGAAUUCCAAAAUGACUUCUUAUCUGAUCAUCGCUCUGGUGUCUGUGUCUACCUUCUUUCUGACCUUCAUCAUCAUCGUUCUGGGUGUGAGGUUUUGUCAUAAGAGAAAGCCCAGAAUGUUGUUUGACGGAGCAGUUGCCAUCCCCAGUGCGUAUCUCCCUCCUAAUUAUGCAGAUGUUGAUGGAACAGGAACUUUACGCAGUACCUACAACUAUGAUGCCUACUUGACAACGGGUUCCAGGACCAGUGACUUUAAGUUUGUAUCCUCUUACAAUGACAACACACUUCCUGCUAAUCAGACUCUGAGGAAAAGUCCAAGUGACUUUGUUGAUGAGCUUCAGGGACUUCAUCAGUUUUUAGUAUCAUUUAAUGAGAUUGAUGGAAAGUCUUCAGGUUUUGUGUCUUACUGGUUUAUAUAG